UGUCUGGAAGGAGGAGGGGUAGGCGGGGCGUCAGCUGAUUACAAGAGAGGGGAAGUAGAGGUGGAGGAAGACGAGGAAGAGGAGGAGCUGAGCGCAGUCUGUAAAUCCACGAUGAGCCGGCGCUGCUGCAGACAACAAGUGUUCAGAGAGGAAGAGGAGGCCGAAGGAGGAUAAAACCAGCUGUAGCACGCAGAGAGGCGGGUUACCACGGCAACUGCCGCAGCGAGGACACACAGGUCGAAGAGACGAUGUGCAGCUGCAGGAUGGACCUGGUCCCCCCGUCCUGGCCCUCACCAAAGACUCGAUGAAUUCUGUGCUGGACACCAACAAGUCUACGGACCUUUUGGACUUGUAGCACAGGUCCACAGCAGGGAGCACUGGAGCGUUUUAAAGGAAGGGCAGACAUGUCCCAGGCCGGUAAGGUCCUCCACCUGUACGUCGAGGUGAGGUCUGUUGCUGAGGAGGAAGGUAAGGUGCCGGGCCGAGGAGAUGAUGGUUCCAGUCAUCUGAUGCUUCAAUGCCCAGAUGUUCUCCCUCACUCUCAGAGGAGCUCCGCCUACUCCAGCCGGAACCCCAGUCCGGAUCUCUCUCCGAUACAGCACCACAUGGGGGGCGAGACCCACAGCUUGCCUCUCUCAAAGACCUCCUCCAGGCAGUCGGGCAACUUCCGGUCGAACGCCCAGCUUCAAGAAGAUGCGCUGCAUGACAGUUUUGGGCAGUUACUUGAAGUCCUUACACCGGGAAUGACCGUUCCACGCCACCACGGCUCACUUGGACACAUCGGUUCCUCAGACAUGGAUCCCUACCAGAGGAGGGUGUUUAUCCCACCAUCAUCAACAUCCUCUGGGAGGCUGACUGUGCCCUCCACACCAGUCAGCGGUCGCAGGUACUGCGAGGUCCCAGGGGUGGAGGGCAAUGAGGGGAGGAAGUCCGUGGUGUCGUUUAGCUACAUAGAGAAAGCAAACGUUCACAACACGGCCGCCCGCCGAAGUUCUCUGUCUCAUAAUGAGCCGGACAGUCCUUUCAAGGAAAUGGGAAGCAGGAAGGCGCUGCCCGCUCACCUUCGGAAGAGGCUCAGCGAUCCAAUGUCGUACAAUGGUUACCUGUCACAGAGCCACACCUGCCCGGCUCAGAGUCCAGCCCCACGGGGCUCGCCUUACCUGCAGAGAGCUAACCUGGACUCAGUGGCCAGAGGCGCCACCUACAGGGCGCUUGAGGAGUUUGGAUCUCCAGAGCUUAAGCGCAGAUUUGGAGGUCACCGAUUUGAGAACAGCAGCCCCUCCCUGCCUCGGCAGUAUCAGCCUUCUCGCUGCCAGACCUGGGGGGGCUCACCUGACCUUCCCCGCAGCACCCUCACCCUGCCGUGCAAGACCCAGCUCAUGGAACUGGACAGGACCCUCUCCCGUAGUCCAGUGAACGGAUUACCCAGAAGUCCUGCCUCCAACCAUCUGUGUGCCCACACCAGCUGCUGGUCUGCAGAUCCAGCCGCUAAACUGCACUCCAACGGCCCGAGCAAACCCAGGCCGUGGACGGGAGACGAGAGCCCCAGACAGUCGAGUAAAUUUCACCCACCGUUACCUGCAGGGAGGCCCACAGACAUCCAGCACGAGGUUCAAACUAACGUAUCACCUGCCAGCACUUCCUGCACACCUGGGACCUCUCAUCACAGCGCCCGUAAUGCUAACACUACCAACACCAGCCAAAAAGCCACAGACAGCAGCUCAAGCAAUAAACUGAAUUUAACCAGCAGGAGUCCCUACAGGUUGUCGCGCUGCAGCAGAGCGAACGACAGUCGUGGAAAGGAUGGGGGCGAUAAAGGCGUGAAGACAUCGGGGCAGGAGCAGCAGAAGCCGGGUGUGGGCAUGACCAAGGAUCCGACAGAGGAGGUCCAGGACCACAGCGGCGGCGCCGGGCCGUCCUCUCACAGCUCCAGCGGAGUGACGGGGAGCCUGAGGGACAGUCUGUCCCCGGAGACCUCGAGCCAGUCGAGCCACGAUACGGCAGACGGUGGCUCCGGGAUGCAGUCAGACGUCGGAUCAGCAACAGCUCUGUCCUCCAGGUCGCAGAAGAUCGCCCAGGCCAAGUGGGAGUUCCUGUUCGGAAGCCAGAAGAGCCGCUGCAGUAAAGACGCUCCGUCCACGACGCCUCCCACCAGCAGCUCGCCCAGUCCCACCCCACCCUCUUCCCUCCAUCUGAAACCAGCCAAUCAGAGGAGGGGGCGGGAAAGCGAGGGACAGAAGCUGUCUCAUCACGAGGUCCAGCAGAUCGAGGUGGAACUGGUGACCGCCGACCCUCGAGGCUCCUCCCCCAAGACUGGCAUCAUCCGGCGAACCCUGAAAUACUCGGAGACGGACCUGGACGCCGUGCCUCUGCGCUGCUACCGUGAGACCGACCUGGACGAGGUGAUGCGGGCGGAGGCAGCCGAGGAGGCGGACUCGGCCUUCGGGAGUAACCGCAGUGUCCUCGGAAACUCCACGUUUAACCCCGCUGACCCCUCCCCAAAAUCUCGCCCAGGUGGAAGGAAGGAGGUUGAUGGGGAGGAGGAGGAGGGAGACGAGGAAGAUGAGGAAGAAGGAGGAGUGGUGAGCUGGGCCAGCGUCAGGAUGCAGGGAGACCGGCAGAGACAGAAAGCCACGAGGGAGGAGGAGGAGGUGCUCAGCCUGCUGCUGAAGGGGUCGCCCGAGUCCUCCGACACCCACGGGGGCCUCAAGUCUCCGAUCUCCAUCGGCAAGCACGCCUCCACCUCUGCAGGCUCUCCUCCGCCCGCUCUCGCUGCAGAUCGCAGUGUUGUCUGCAGACGUCACCUGUCUGUUCGUCAGCGCUGCAGACAGGAAGCAGCUCGGAGCAGAUCCCACCCCCACCCGUCACUCCUGCUCCACACCUCGGUCCUCAUGUCCUGCACCACCCUCACAUUAGUUGAGCUAAUCUGCCCACGUGCAGCUCGGAUCCUGAAGGAUUACAACCUGGAGCGUUUGUAUUCCUGCUCGAGCUCCAGCGGCGUGCAGGAUAACAGCGUUCAGUCACGCUCACGCGGCGCCUCGAUGAGGCUGAAGUUUAUCGAGCCGCUGAAAACUUCCAGGAUGGUGAGACGAGACAAAGAGAGGAAGAGGGGAAGGAGAGGACAGAGGGGGGAGGGCGAGGAGCCGAGGAGGAGGAGGAGGGGCGUCCUGGGUCAAACGGGGGAGGAAGCGCAUACCUCCUUCCCCUCAGUGCUGGAAAAUAAGCCAGCUGAUGGACGCGAGGGGCAGGACGAGGAGCAGGGCCAGCGCAGAGGAGGAAGAGGGAAAGUUGUGAAGAGGAGCCGAGGUUUCAAAAGUGGAAGAAAGAAGAGGAGGAAGCAGACGGAUCAGAGGAGGCGCCGCUGCUGGAGGAUCUCCUUACCGAGGCGCCGAGCUCGGUGUGAGAGUGGGCGGGGCCGUGUCGUAAUGGCGAGAUACAUCCUGUGCUGGGGGGGCGGGGCUCUGGAGGACAGGUACAUGUAUGCCUCGCCCUACCCGGCUGUGUACAGGUGA